UAUACAAUCGAAUCAUUACAUUUCAGACAGCCAGUCCUGUCGAAAAGGUUACUUUUACAAUGAUGUUCCGUGAAAUUAUAGUUUGUGUACUUUUUGGAAGUAUAUGUGCACAGUUCUGGGACAGAGAUUCAGACAAUUAUGGUGAUUCAUUUAUCGGAAAUUCCAGAAAUUCCAGAAGUUUCAGAAGUUCUAGAGACUCGGAUUCAAAUAGCUUGUAUGACGAUAACAGCAAUUAUUACGAUGACGAUUCAGGCGAAUCCUACAGAAACCGAUUCUUUGGAGGAGGCUUAAGAAGACGCCAACGUUGGGGACAAAGAGGAUUUGGUCUCCAACCACGCAGACAGCAAACUUUUUCAAGAUCCAGUACUGGCAGAAGAAGAUCUCAAAAUCAAAAUUCUAGAAACUCACAGAGAUCAUCUCGAAACCAAGCCCAACGUCGUGUUCAAAACCGUCCAAGAUCCAACAGUCAACGACGAACAUCAAGAAAUUCUGCUAGCAACCGUUUUCAAACAAACAGAAACUUUUUCGGAGGCAACAAUCUUGCACGGGCAGCAAUGAUGUUUAACGCAUUCGACAUGGACUUCUUUUAACCGAAGUUGAAAACAGGCUGAAGAUAAAUCAUCACAACUAGAUCUGAACCAAAGGUGAAAAAAGAUGACAGAUAUGAACUGACACAGCUAUACAUAUAUAUAUAGUUUCUGUUUGAAACAAAAACUAAAAGAUUGUGAACAGUGUGAAUUUAUAACUUACAGGGGACACUGUUUAGUCCCAAAGCAAAGACAUGAAUUAUUGUUGUUAUUUAGUUGCAUAUAAUGUAACAUUUGUUAUACUGUGAUAUUAAACGAAUGAUUAAAA